AAUUAGCCUAGAGUAGUAUAAAAAACAUGACAUUCAUUUUGCCUGAGAUCCACUAGACAUGGAAACUCAUUUCAGCCUUGGUGUGGUAAUCAUGGCAGUUUUAGCUGCAGCAGCUUUUGCUGAACCAGAUAUUAAAGUAAUGUGUGAAAAAGACUCUGUGAAUGUCCUCUGGAGGGUAGGUCCCCAGUUUGUGCCUUAUGCUGCGCGCUUCUUCCUUGGAAGCUGCAUGCCUUCCAGGUGGACAGUUCUACCUACCGGAGAGGGAGAAGCGCAUUUUAAUUAUAAGUUUUCUGAUUGCAGGUUUAUUAAACAGUUUAAAGGGAAACACAUUAUGUAUCAGAAUGAACUGAGUUUCAGACCACAAGCCAAACCAAAACCUGCUGUUUUCAAAUACCCCAUCAAAUGUGUCUAUAAACGACCUGAAGGGUGGGUCCCCAAGUUUCUAAACCCUGGAUCAGGUGCUUCUUCAGGACGCAGUAAGCUGGUCUUCCACAUGGCACUCCUCAAUGAGCAAUUAACGGGUGUCGCGAAGACCAAUGUGAUCCCCCUGGGCUCAUUCAUUCCGAUCUGGGCUGCUGUUGAGCAGAAAGCCCACCAGCCGUUACUAUUGCUCAUGGAUGAAUGUGUUGCAGCCACCACUCCAGAGCUUCAGCCUGGGAGCCAGGUUUAUCCCAUCAUUGGCAACAAUGGGUGUCUUUUGGAAAGCAGGGCCGGCAACUCCAUGUUUCUACCUAGGUACCACUCAUCUGCCAUAAUCCUCUACCUCCAGUCAUUCAGGUUUGGUCUGGAAGGAGAGGUGUACAUCCACUGUAAUCUGGUUGUGUGGGACAGCAAUGAACUUGACCAACAAAGGAAGGCUUGUCAUGUAAAGGACCAUGGAAGAUGGGAAUUACUUGAUGACCCAUCUCGGAGCUCCUUGUGUGACUGCUGUGACUCAGUCUGUGCCGCUCGCAACAAAAGAGCAGCUGAAUGGGUAGAGUCUCACAGCAGGAGCUUCAAAACUGUGUUGGGGCCAAUCAUUAUCGUCGAGCCAUCGUCUGUGUCCAACACCACCUCCCCCGAGUCUGGAUUUGCCUUUAAUACUGAGGAGAUGGCUCAAAGCUGAUGGACCUUGGCUGGCUCACUUUGAUCUAGAGGACCUUGGAUGGCAGCUGUCUACAAUCCCUACUUUUGAUUUGUUAUACUGCAAUGGACACUUUACUUAUUGUAAAAUAAAAUGUUUCAUUUGA